UGCUACCUCACUCAGACUCAGCUUCAGUCGCAUUUCGGCAUUCGCAUCAGCGCAACCUCCGACAUUUCGACUUUGGUUUAUUUCGUUGGGACCUCAGUUGCGCGUCACAUCGUCGAACCUUACAUUCAAACUCAACAGUUAUUACUACAAUAAAUAUCAAACAAUUUAUUCAUUUAUAUAUAUAUUUAUUUAUAUAAAUCAAUAUAUAUUAAACUCGAUAGUUGCUAAAGUGCGGUGUGUCAAAUCCAGCGUCACUCAGAUCAACUGCUACGACGCCGUCAUUUUACCCGCGUGUUGCCGUGUCAAAGUGAACAAAGUUAUUAAUUUUUUUAAAAAAUUUGAAAAGCUGUCAGUGAGUUUAAAUAUUUAAAUAAUUUGAAUUUUCCCGGCUGAUAAUAUUUAUUGGUUUUAAAUUAUUUAAAUAAAUAUACUUUCGUGAGAAUUCAAAGUGACAGCACGUGAGACCGGCCGCGCGUUCGAGGUUACCGCGGUUUUUAAAUAAUAAUAGUAUUAUUAUAAAUAUUAAUAGUAAUUAUUAUUGAUAAAAAAUAGUUUUUUGUGAUUUUUAAAAGUGGUUGUGGAGGCCCAGAAAGCGGCCUUGAGAGCUGCUGUCUACCUGACACAAAGAACGGUCACGAUUUCGUAAAUUCACGGCAAAGACAAGAGUGUUGGUGGGACUAAAUUCGGUUGGCAAUUCUCGCAAGAGGUUUACAAGAACACAAUCAUUUUUUUUUGUUUUUUUUAUUCUUGUUCUUGUUCUUCAAUCAACGAUGUUGUCGUCUGCAGCUGUUAGCGACGACCAGAGGAUAACGGCGGACAGAAGAGCGAGAGGACGGUUCCAAUCAUCCGGCAGCACCGAUGACGAUCAAAGUGGAUCGGAUGUAGAUCACGAGCGCUCCUCCUCAUUAGCUCGUAAAAACCAGAGAAUAUCAAUACACGUAGAGUCACACGGAAUACGUAAACGUCGUGGGAAUUUACCUAAACAAUCUGUUAAAAUAUUGAAGAGAUGGUUAUUUGAGCAUCGUUUUAAUGCUUAUCCAAAUGAGACUGAAAAAACUUAUCUUAGUCAAGAAGCUAAAUUGACAAAUCUUCAGGUGUGUAACUGGUUUAUAAAUGCCAGGCGUCGUAUUCUUCCGGAAAUGAUAAGACGUGAGGGUCAUGAUCCUCUGAAGUUCACAAUUUCUCGUCGCGGCAAAAAGAUGCCAGGUGGAAAUGAUCAGCAGGCGGCUGGAUUGAGCCCCAACGCGAAUGCCGAAUGGGACACGACAAUCCCCGACAGUGCCUCUGCACCACGUACCCACGGUCGUGAUUACGAGGAUCGCGUUAUGUACAGAAGUGAAGAAGACAGUCUGAUUGGUUACGAAAGUAGUUGUCACAGUGAAGAAGAACGUUCGUCAAAAUGGUCAAGUGUUAUCGUGUAUCCGCAAUAUUCAGAAACAAAAGUCGAGCCGUCAACUGAAUUGAAUUACGACGAAGCAAUAAAUCAUCCCGCAAGAAGAGGUGAAGAGACGGUCAGUAAAUCGGCGUACUGGAGCGCACCGCGGCAGCAUUUACCCGCGAUAUCGGAAGUACCAGAGUCGGAGAACUGCAUGAGCAGUAGUAGCAGCGUAAGCAGCACCAGCAGUACAAGUGAACGCAGUACUUGCACUAUUAUGCAGACAAUGAACAAUGAUGUGCCGCCUACACCAACCACUACAGUUGUAAUUAGUAACAGUAACUAUCGCACUACAAUCCCAUUUAAUUUCGCCCGUCUCCAUAAUAGUAACUUGCAGGGAUUGAUGGUACUUGUUGAGACGGCAAUCGCUCUUGAUAGGAUCGAAGAUAGAUAUCUCCCUGACGACUGAUCCAAUAAUAUGUAAAUAAAUUCAUAUUUAUUUAUUUAUUAUUUACUUUUUUUAAAUCAACCGCUAACGUCAUUCACUAUUCAGUUUUUUUUUAUUACUCAAUAACCGAUUUUUUUUUACCGAUUUUUAAAUUGUUCUCUCAUUUAUUAAUUGAUUGUUAUUAUUAAUGUACCUCAAGAUCGGAACUGAUUGACAGUUCUGGAGGUUGAGGUUGGCCUGAUUUUCGGAUGACGUACCAGCAUCUACGUGCGAAAAAUGUCGGAAAUCUAGUCAUCCAUUUGACUCCAUUUAAAUUUUUUAAUUUUCGCGCGAAAAAUUUUUGAGGCGGGUUCAAAUCCAACUCUCGCUGUAAUUUAAUUAUUUGCUAUUUAAAAUUUAUCAUAAAUUUCUACUGGGUCUAGAUUUCUUAAAUUUUUUUCAAGUCCGGAUAUGUCACCCGAAUUACCCCUAAGCAGUAAAAUUACAUGUACCUGAAGAUCGUAACAUUUUUCACUCAAUGAAAAUGAAAAAAAUUUAACAUGAUACUGAAGUUAGCCGACGUUUAAUAAUUUUUUGAUUUUUUUUUAAACAAUAAAUUUCGAAAAAAAAAAUAUUUAAAAAAUUUGCACUUAUAGUUCUUUAAAUUUCCUACAUGUGCAUUUUUUUUUUUUUUUUUUUUGCAAUCGAAUUGAAAAUAAAAAUCCAAAAAUUGUUAAUUGUCUGUCAACUUCAGGGUCAUAAUUUUACAGAAUACUGAAGUUAGCAGACAAUUAACAAUUUUCGGAUUUUUUUUGAACAAUUAAAUUUGAAAAAAAAAAAAACUAAAAAUAUGCACAUGUAGAAAAUUCAAAACACAAGUGCAAUUUUUUUUUUAAUUUUUUUUUUCAUAGUCUAUCGUUUUUUAAAAAAUCUAAAAAUUAUUUGACGUCAGCUAAUUUCAGGAUCACAAUUUUACUGCUUAAAAGUGGGGGGUAAAUCGGGCCGUUGCAAUUUUCAGUUGACAUACUAGGACAUACGAAACAUUUUCAAAAUCUAUACCCAGUAAAUUCUUUACUUCAUUUUUUUUUUAUUUUCUUCAGAUACUCAAAAUAAUUUAAAUUUUUUAAUUUUUUCCCGCGGAAAACGUUCCGAUUUUCAGGUACAUUAUUAUUAUUAAAAUGACUACACAUAAAAAAAAUGAUAUAUAGUUCAAAAUGGACAGAGAACAAUAAUGAUUAUUAAAGAAAGAAAUAAAAAAUGUAUAAUCAGUCACGAUUUAACGAUACGUGUGCCUUUUGUGCGUCAAUUAGACUAUCGUAACUUAGUCACGGUCCUCGUUAACGUGCCUAAAUGUUUUUAAAUUGAUACACUAUUAUUAUAUUAUCUUAAAACACGACGUUAUAUAUAUAUUUAUAUAAGUACUGGAGGUAAAUCAAUAAGUCAGCAAAGAUAUAAAUAUAUAUAGCAAAAAAAAAAUGUCUUUGCACGUGUGUAAAUUUAAAUAGUAUAAUGUAAUACACGGCUCUUAUCACUAUAAUUAUAUGAACAAUUGAUUAUGAUUAUAAUUAUAAUUGUAAUUAUAAUUAUUAUCAAGUAUAAGGUAUGACUUUUUUUUUUAGCGUUUAUAAACGUUAUUUUGUCAGUACGUUUUUUUUUAAUUCGCAAUCGCAUUAAAUAUUCGUGUUUAAAAUAGCGAUAACUUUUUUUUUUUUUAUUAUUAUUUAUAGUUUUGUGAUGUUUACACUAGUGUGAGGCGAGACGUUUAAAACUUUUGGUUCAUGAUUCAGAUUUUUUUUUAUUUUUUAAUAGAAAUUUAAGUUGAGGUUUUUUAUUUUUACCUCGACGAUUAUUUCGGUGGUUUUAAUUUAUAAUUAUUUUUAUUUUUCUACUUUGAUGGAUUCUGUUUAAAUAUAUGUUGUAAUGACUAUGAUAUAUUUUGUGGAAUUUUUUUUUUAUAGAAAUGGUAGAUAGUAAAAAAAUUUAAACAUUGGCGUUUAAUGGUUGAGGCAGAGACGGGAGGUUUUGAGUAGUAGAAGUAAUUAAUAUUCGGGAGCAGAAACGGCAGUCGUGAAUUUUUCAUUUUAUUUUAGAAUCACUUCCGUGUGAAAAAAAUUUAAAAAUAUUUCGCGGGUAAAACUUAUGAAUUUUAUCUGGUGUUAAAUUGAGCGGCUGGAAAAUGAGAGAAAAAAAAUGGAUUUAAAAUUUUAGGUGAACAAAUUUUGACUUUAGUGUUCGGUUAAUUUUUUUUUUAUAAAAAUUUGGUCAAAUAAAAAUCAAAAUUAAAAAUUUCUGAAAUUUUGAUCGACCAGUAAAAUUUAAAAAUAAAAAAGAUGAUUUAAAUUUUCAUGAUGACAAAUUUCGACUUUUGUAUGAACAAAUUUUGACUUUAGUGUUCAGUUCAAUUUUUUUUUUUUAUAAAAAUACAUAAAAAUUUGGUCAUAUAAAAAUCAAAAUUAAAACUUUUGAAAUUUUUAUCGACCUGUAAAAUUUAAAAAUAAAAAAGAUGA